GUAGUUUUAGUUUGGUUCCAUGUGUGAGCUGGACUGCAAGUACCGGAAGGCUGUGCGGAGAUUGCUAUGGCAGCUGUGCUGGAGGAGAAUGGCUGCAGCAGGCAGAGCAGCCCCGGGGCUGGGGACUCGGAUGCAGAGGCGGGGGACACCGCCCGUCACAAGCUGGAAUCCCUCCUCAACCGGAACAUGAGGAUCGAAAUGACAGACGGACGCUCUCUGAUUGGCUGUUUCCUCUGUACGGACAGAGACUGUAACGUCAUCUUAGGCUCCGCCCAGGAGUUCCUGCGACCAUCCGACUCCUUUCCGGUCAGGGAGCCGCGGGUGCUGGGUCUGGCCAUGGUGCCCGGGCAUCACAUUGUGUCCAUCCAAGUGGAACUGGAGAGUGUCACCUCCCCUCAGUACAUCUAAUUCUCUAGGACUUAGGCAACUGUGUUCCUCGGGGGCCUGGAUAGCCCUGCCCCCGAGUACAGUGCCCGCCCCUGAGGGGUGGGAACAUCUGUAAACUCGGAGAAAAUCAUGUUUGUACCUCUGUGUGCCCCCCGUGUCCUGUGCCAGGGCAGUACCUGGGUUGGCGGUGCCUAUGUGGGUGUGUGUGUUUGUAACGAUUGUGUAAUAAAGUGUCCAAUCCAUUGCUAAA